AUGUAAGCUCAUUUGGUACUGAUUUAUUGAGAUUUUAUUUAUAAAAGAGAAAAGAAGAAAAAGAAAGUGAAUUACAAUUUAUGAAGUUGAUAUCACAAUACUCAUUAAUCGACUCUUAAUGCUCAGUAGAAUACAUCUGAUGCUCAUUAAAAGUGUAUUAAUGCCUAUCUAACGAAAAUCACGAUUUUGACUGAAAUUACGAAAAUGACACCGUUUUUUAGUUUUGAUAUCAGCUUUCUUGUAGUAACACGGUGCUCAUUAUUGGACGCUUAAUACUCAUUAAAAUUGGACUAUUGCUCAUUAACAAUACAUUAAUGCUCAUUUAGCAGAAACCGCAAUUUUUACGUUAAUUACAAAAACGCCACCGAAUUGUUUUUCGAGCAUGUUACUGGGUCGGCUGUACUGUGCUCGCCCUACAGCCGGAUGUACGGUAUACACCCUCUAGAGUUCCUGGAUCCCCUGGAUAUCAUCUCUGGCAAGCUCCACUCUCCGGGUUCCCGUCGCGAGUGUCGGAUACAUGAUUGCGUCCUCCACCGACGAGUGACCCAAUCCCAACAUAUGCCUGAUUUCGUGAACCGCGACCGACUCCAGAUCCACCGACGCCGGCGCGUUGAGGGAGUCGCCGUCGAGUACCCAGUUUUCGUCGCCGUCCAUGUGGAGGUGGCCGGACGGUGGAGAGAACGCGUGCGCCAACGUCCCCAUCGACCUGUCGAAUGCUUCGCCAUCUCCGUGGUCCCCGACGUAGAAACCGAUCCGGAUGUCCGCCGAUGGGUACGUGGCGGUGUGCGUGAAGUUGAGGGGGAUCACCGCCGACCACCUGGCGAAGGCACGCGCGAAGACGCUCUUGACGGCGUCGGUCAACUGAUUCCCCGGCAAGAAGGCGUAAGUCAAGUGGGUGCUGGCCGGGGGCCACCGCGGGCGGCCCCGGAAGAAGGAGUAAUGGCGCAGCGCGUGUAUGGCAGAUCCGCGGGGGGGCUUUCCGCCGGAAGCCAUGGUGGAGGAGGCGUUGAUGAUGUCGGGGUUCCCGCAUCUGGGGCGCAUCAUGUGCUGGAUAGUGGGCGCGUCGAGGUCGCCGGUGGCGUUGAGAUUGAAGUUGAGCUGGUAGGUCUUGACAGCCGACUGGAGCACGGCGUCGAAGUCGUCGGUGAAGUUGGAGGCGGCGGGGAUGUAGCCAAAGUAAUGGAAGUACUUCUUGAGCCUGGCUAAGCCGUGGGCGUGUUCCCCGGCAUGGCAGCCGAGGUACGUAUUGAAAACAUCCCAGCCGGCGGUGCGCGGCGGGGAGGUGGUAACAUUAGGAAUGAAAUGGGCAUGCAAGUGUGCGGCGGCGGCCAUGCUGAAUACAAGGAAUGAGGAGGCAAUGCGGCCCUUCACCAUCAUCACACGGAUCGGCGGACGUACGGAGUAUUGAAUGAAUGCAAAUUUUUACGGAGUAUUAUAAAACUGAUCGAAACGGAUAUACGCACGUACCGGCC